AGAAGCUAAAACAAAACACGACAAAUAUGAUUUGAAAGCUUUUUUCACAUUUGGAAAUGUUUAUUGUUUUUGUGAAUCGCCGGUCAGAGUCAAGAGAUAAGAACAAAAACAACUGAUUAUCUGACUUUUGGAGCAUUUAGUACUUUUCAUUGGACCCCACUCUUAGAGGUUUUCUAAUUGUCACCGUAAGAGAAAACCACAACACAUAUUGGAGAAUAAAGAUGAGAGGCGACAACGAAAAACAAUGGAAUAUAUUUAGACUUUUAACUCGAACCAUAUUCAUUCUUCUAUUAGCCAUGUCUGAACUAAAGUCGUCUGCUGAGGGUGCUGCCUACUGCACCAAAGAUGAUCGCUGUGUGGAGCCAUUUAAGAAUUUGGCUCGCUAUGACCAUUAUCGUAUCUAUAAUGUGGAGCUGGCCACGGAGGAACAUGUGGAAUUGUUUAAAAAACUCGAGGAGCAAAGUGAUAGCUUGACAUUUAUCGGCCAUGCCCGUGAGGUGGGGCAAAAGCUGUCGAUACUUGUGGCUGCCCAUAAGGUUGCUGAUUUGGCAGAUUUGCUGGAACACUAUCAAGUCAAACAUCGUAUUUUGACCUACAACUUCCAAGAGAAAAUCGAUAAGAACUAUGCUGCCGUCUUGCCUGCUGGCACGGAUCUUUCCAAAUUUGAUUGGUAUCACUACUUCCAUUUGGAAACAAUUUAUGAGUGGUUGGAAUCGUUGGCCAAGAAAUAUCCUAAUCUCGUUACUGUUCUCGAUAUAGGCUCCAGUACACAAGGUGUGUCCAUUAAAGGUGUUAAAAUCUCCCAUAAUCCUGCCAACAAAGGCAUUUUCAUUGAAUCUGGUAUCCAUGCCAGAGAAUGGAUUGCUCCGGCCGCCGCCACAUAUUUGAUUAAUCAAUUGCUCACCUCCAAUGAAGAUUCCAUCAAGAAUUUGGUUAAAAACUACAAUUGGUUUAUAUUCCCCAGCAUUAAUCCCGAUGGCUAUAAAUACACUUUCGAACAUGAUCGCAUGUGGCGCAAAAAUCGCCAACUUUUUGGCACUGCCCGUGGUGUUGAUCUCAAUCGUAACUAUCCCGAUCAUUGGAAUUCCACCGGCAGCAGCAGCGAUCCAACACGUUAUGAUUUCGCUGGCCCAUCUGCUGGCUCGGAAAUUGAAACUCAGCGAAUUAUAAAAUUCAUUGAAGAUAAUGUCCAAAAGGAACAAAUAAAAGCUUACUUGGCUUUGCAUUCCUAUUCGCAGAUGAUUAUGUUCCCCUAUGGUUAUACCAAGGAUCGUGUGGAGAAUUAUGAUGAUCUAAAGGAAUUGGGACAACAGGCCACCGAUGCAAUUAAAUCAUUGACUGGACGUGAUUAUGUGAGUGGCAGUAUCAUUGAAACAAUUUAUCCCUCCAGUGGUGGUAGCAUGGAUUGGGCUUAUGCUGAGCAUAAAAUACCCAUUGCCUAUACCUUUGAACUGCGUGGACCACCCGAUAGCCAAGAUAUGUUUAUACUGCCGGCUGAAGAGAUUUUGCCAACAUCUCAAGAAGCCUUUGCUGCAAUUAAAACCAUUAUUGAGGGAGCCACUGCCAAGGGUUAUUUUAAAUAAAGUAUGCCAUUUGAAAUCGUAUAUUUUUUUGAUUUUUUUUUUACUGAUAUCUUAGUUGUGUGUAAUCUCAUUAUUUUUUAUAAACAUAUACAUAUAUUGUUAUUAUAUUCUUCACAAACAUUGUAAAAACGAAUAAAAGAUAACUGCAAAGAUAUAUAA